AUGGCGAAAGCAGUGAAGAGAGUGACAAAAGUUAGCAAGAGUUCUAGAACUAAACAAAAGGCAGUGAUAUCACAAUCACAAAGGAAGAAAACAAAGUUCAAAGUAGAAAAGAUGAAUAAAGAACAUGAUACAGUGUCCUUGAGUGCUGGAGAGAUGAAUAAAGCAUUAAAAGGUUCACCUGAGAAAGGUACUAAGAACAGUAUAUUGCAUAAGAGAGAUCUUCUUGAAGGUCGUGAAAAGGAUCGUGCGAUUACAGAACAAUUGGAUAAGAAUAAAAAAGCAGCUGAUGAUAGUUUAUUAAAACAAAUUGAAAUGAUGUCAGGUUUUUCUCUUUGA